GUCACUCGGAAGCGGGGAAACAAGGCAAGAUGGUUUACAUCUCGAAUGGACAAGUAUUGGACAGCCGGAGUCAGUCUCCAUGGAGAUUAUCUUUGAUAACAGAUUUCUUUUGGGGAAUAGCUGAGUUUGUGGUUUUGUUUUUCAAAACUCUGCUUCAGCAAGAUGUGAAGAAAAGAAGAGGCUAUGGGAACUCAUCUGAUUCCAGAUAUGAUGAUGGAAGAGGGCCACCAGGAAAUCCUCCCCGAAGAAUGGGUCGAAUCAAUCAUCUCCAAGGCCCCAGUCCUCCUCCUAUGGCUGGUGGAUGAGGAAGGUAAAUGUCUGCUCUAAGAAGCAGACAAAUGGACAAGCACAUUCAUAGCGGAAGGAAACCAUCAAGAAGUGAAGGGCUGACCACAGUGGACAAGUAGAUGAAUGUGUGCGUCUAAACAAGGAUUGCUCUGUGUCUUCACAGAUGAAUGAGGUCAGGCUGGGAAUUCUCUCUUCAGGGAACUGGCCUGACUGACAUGCAGUUCUAUAAACGCACUUUUUGUCUCAUCUUUUUUGUAUAGUUUAUUAAAGUAUUAAUAGUUUUAAUAAGUAAAUAUUUUUAGGUUGCAAAACUGAUUCUUCAUCUUUAUAUAUUUGAAUCACAAACUCUGAAUCUGAAGAAAUAAAAAGGUGUGUAUUCAG